AUGAAGUCACGCGAAGCCUCCCGCCCCCCUGGAUAUUACAGCCAAGCAACGAUGGUUACCGCCUCUGACGACUCCAGCCUCGACGGGGACGCGAAUUACGUGCCUCCAGAAGAUGAUGAUGAUGAUGACACGAGCAAUGACAUUGGUGAAAGUGAAACCGAUGAUGUCGAGCAUGUUAGACGUGAUGACAGCGGAACGAAUCGAAUCGAUUUUGAAGAUGGAGUGGAGACAAGUGGACACUGGAGGUGGAAGGUUCAGUACAACCUUAGCAAGGCGUGGAGGCGUGAAGGUGAAUCUACGCAAUCCAAAGCUUCGCGUAGUGCUGUCCUUUCGUUGAGCAAGCCUAAGAAAGGCUUCACGGGCAUGCCGUCCACGAUAUUGCUCGAGUUGAACAAAGUGCCAUAUUCAGCAACCGCGAUGCAGCCGUACCCAAUCGAGAUGGUCGUAUCCCUCGCACCUCGGAAUACAGGCCAGUCGAAAUCGUCGGUUCUCGCCCAUUGCGAGCGAGUUUGCUAUUUACGUAUCGAAAGCUGGCCAGGGGCUGCCGCCUCGACACCCCCGAUGAACGCCACGAAGCACGUGCUGAUUGCCUUCAAAACCCCCGAGCUCUGCGAGGGAUUUUGUCGCAUGGUGAAGCCUUGCAUCAGGCUGAAGGCCCUCCCCCCCACAGGACCCUGGCCGAAACCCAACUGGGUGAAAAAGUUCGUGACUUUGGCGACAGGAAAGAGCCAGAAGAGGAGCACAACAAGGUCCGACACGUGA